UUAUUUCCCAACUCUCUCUCUCUCUCUCUCUCUCACUCUUAAAACCUCACAAAUCAUACUGGUAAUCUCACAAAUUCUCCUCUCUCUCACUCGACUCUCCACUCUCUCUCGCUCGACUCCCACUUUGAUGAAGAUAUGAAGAUUUUGAUCGAUUGUUGAUGAAGGUUUGAAGAUUUCGAUCUGCUGUUGAUGAAGAUUUAGAUCGAUUCAUAAUCGGUAAGCCUAAUUUCUAUGUAUGAAUCCAACUCUUUGUCUCUGUAAUCCCUGUGUCUUUCUUUCAGCUCCCAAAUUCUCUUCGACUCAUAGCUUUGUUCGAUUUCGAAGAUCAACAUCAACGGUAACAACAUGAAUUUUUUCCAAUUCAAUUUAUUAUUAUCAAUGCGGUGCAGAUUCUGAUUUCGAAACAUCUUUUUGAUUCGAAGAUUCAUUUUAUUUUUUAUUUUUAUUUUUUUAGAUUAUUAAAUCUUGAUUUGCUUUGGCUUUAAAACUUGAUCUGAGCAUUUCUCUAGAUUGUUUGCUAAAUUUCAUUUAGUUUUUGAGCCUCUUGUUUGUAUGCUAAGAAAAUUUUAGGAACCAACCGAAUUUCAAACUUUUAGUAUUAUGCUUUUAUGUUUGUUUGGCUAGAAAAUUGAAGCUCACCUCAAUUAAGGUAAAAUAUAUAUAUAUAUAUAUAUAUAUAUUUGUUUUCCUGUGUCUACGUUACAUUUUCUUAGCAACCAAACUGAGCAUAAUUUGGUUAAUCUUUGACUGAUUUUUCUAGUUUAUAAUCUUGUUGUUCUGCUUUGAAUUCUUCUUGGUUACAUGUUUUAGUCAUAGUUGAUUUCUAUAUUGCUCUGUUUAAUUUUGAUUUCAAGCUCUCUCUGCAGUUUUCAAUUUCUAUUUAGUUUGAGAAAGCUCAGAAGUAAUUUAGAUCUUGAAUUAAAUGAUGAAUUACUUGGUACUGAUAUCUUUCUCUCUCGUUUUUGAAUUUGAAUUCGAUUCAUAUAGCUAAAUGCAUAGAGUAUUGAAUAUUUGAAUGUGUGUAUCUAUUGUCUUGCAAACAUCUUCGUGUCACAAAUAAUAGUCAUAAAUAGGGAGAUAUUGAUGUUUGUGGUUUGUUGAAUUGAAAUGUUUCACUAUGAAGUGAUAGAUUUGGAAUUGGUAUAAAAAACAACAGGUCAAAACUUGGGCCCCAGCGCAAGCUUGGAUCAGGUGCAAGCUUGGAUUUGAGGAACAUAUAUUUUCUGUAGAGAAAUCUUUUCUUAUUGUUAGUUCUCUUGCAUAUCUGCAUGUGUUUAUUUUUCGUAGAGAAUUUUUGCAUGUGAUAUUUUUGUAGUUUUCUUGAUACCACAGCUGUUAAAUUUAACUGAAACUUGUUGAAGUCAAUGCUCAUACUUGGGCAGAUUGAUGUUUUGCUUUGGCUUCAUUUCUGUGAAUAUUUUAUCUCUGGAAAAAUCGUGAUAAGUGGACAGAAAGAAUGAUAGUGAGAAUUUAUGCUGACCUGCUUAUUUAGAGACCUAUUUUGCCUUAAAGAAACAUACAUUAGAAUUCUUAAAUUAUAUUGAAUUCUUCUGUCUUUAUCGAAUGAUAAAAUUGUGCCCCAGAUUCCUCUUCUAGAAUUCAAAAUAUAAAAUGAUCAUUAGAUCUUCAUUGGUCUCAACCUUCCAAGUCCAAAACCAGAAGGUAUUAUAAGUUGACAUUACUACUGCCAUUAUUGUUGCCACCAUAAUUACUGUUGUUGUUUCUUAGAUGCCCAUGUCACUGAAAUAGGGCUUCUAACCCUGGAAAGACCUUUGUCAAAGUGCACCCAUAUCAAAUGCCCUUGAGUAGAGCUUAUAUUUUUGUUGUUAUUUUCUUCCUUGAAAUAAUCCAAACUCUGUAACUCAACUGCUGGUUCGUAUAUUUGAAUAUUAGUCGUUGCGGUUUAACUCUUACUUUGACUCCUUCAGGUUCCACUACUUCGACCGAGUAAAUAGAAUUAGGACUCCCUACAUUUGUCAAUUGCCUUUUGAUCACCUUACUCAUCUUCCUGGACGUGAACAUCACCGAAAUCGAGGGAUAAUUUAUGCUAAAACCCCUGUUCUCCAGCAAAGUCUCAUGGCAACUCACAUUCCUGUGAGUAAUUGUGAAAAUUUCUAAUUUUGUGUAUCCCAGGGUGCACAGAUGAGUGAAAUACUCAUCUGGCCUGAUAUCAUAUACCAGUCCUGGAUUGAUGGCUCUCUUGGGUCCAGCUCCAGUCGCGAAAACUCCUAUUUAAUAGCUACUGGGGUCUAUGUUGGAUGAGCUAAGUGAAUCAGAGCAGCAAUUCCACCGACAUGUGGACAAGCCAUGGAAGUCCCUGACAUGACAGUGAAGUUCACUCUUCUAGAAUCUUCUGGAAGAGCGCUGGGGCCCAAGUUUUGAGGCCAGGCAGCGAUGAUGUUCACUCCAGGAGCAAGAUUGGAUUUGAGGAACAUAUAUCUCGAUGGACACAAUAACUGGAUUUUUACUGGCUGGAGUAGGCAAUGUGGAUUUGCGGAGAAAGACAAAUUACCUAAUUGUGGACUUAAAAACAACUGUUAAGCAAAUUGAAGAAGCAUUCAAGGCGUUUACAACAAGAGAAGACGUUGCAAUAGUGAUGAUCAGCCAAUAUGUUGCAAACAUGAUAAAGUUUUUAGUAGAUAGCUACAACAAUCCAAUUCCAGCAAUUUUGGAGAUUCCUUCCAAGGACCAUCCUUACGAUCCAACACAUGAUUCUGUUCUUUCAAGAGUGAAGUACUUCUUCUCUGAUUUUCCCAUUUUAUGUGUUGUAUGCUUGAAUGUUUGUUCUUUCUUUAUUUAUUUCUAAUUUGGAUUUGCAGAUUCUAACAGUUUGUGGGGUUACUCUCUUUGUCUCUCUAUCUCCCCCUUAAAAUUUUAAUUUCAGUUCAACUAUUACUAUUAGAUCACCAAUUUCAAUAUUUUAAGCUUACUAGUAUUGGUAAUGAGUUUUUGAAAGUCUUAAAACAUUUUUUGCCUAGGUCAGUUUAGUGAAAGGUUAGAUCUUUUGUGGAAUUGAUUAAGACUACACCAUAAUGGUAAUGGGAUAAUUUAAUCUCCUAGUACGCAUCUUUUAACAUUUUUGCUUUAUUAUCCAUCUCACUAGCUAGUGGGGUAACUUGGUAUUUUAGUAAAGAGUAUAUUCCCUUGCGUUAAUAUGGAAAUUUUAGGCGUCACAUGACCAUUAAUUUGUUAUUAAUGUAACAUUUUUCAGGUUUUUAUUUUUUUGGUCAAAUUGAUGAAAUGAAAUAUAUGAAGCUUGACACUUCAUCUGUCGAUUUUGUG